AUGUCGUCCACUCUCUUCCUGUGCCAGCGCUGCAACCAGCCCCUGAAACUCUCACAGAAGCUCCGUGCAAUGCAGGAAGGGCCCUCGGAAGCCCAGCAGCCUGCCAGCCCCUCCCCAAGGGCCAGGACCUCCAGCAGCCCCCUUCCUGACUGGGGGGAGUCGUCCCAGGAAAGUGCCUGCUCCACCUUCUCCCUGCUUGGUGAGUUGACUGCCCAGAGAACUUUGAACACUACCCAAGAUGUUGUCUUAGAGACCUUUGAAAUCCCCUCCGGCCAAAAAAAUGUGGACCACCUGCUCUGUGUGGACUGUACAGACAAUCUUUUGAGGGAACUAGAUGCCCAGCUCACUCUAGUUGAAGCUGACACCGAGAAGUACAAAAGUUUCCUGGAGAGAGAGUCCCUGGUGAGUGAUGAGGAGUGGGAGGCCUUGCAUGCGAAGCUUCGGGCUGAGCUGCGGAGUCUGGAGCAGGAAGAAGCAAGGCUGGCUCAGGAGCUGAAGGACGUGGACCGCCAGCAUGCAAGAAUAGAGGCCGAACUCAGAGCAGCCGAGGCAGAGAGCAGGGAGCUCGAACGACAGGAGGAGCAGGAUCUGAAGGACUGCACUGCCUUGACGACGGAACAGCUGGCGCUGAAGGACCAGCUGAGCAGUGUGGAGAAACGGCUGGCGUAUGCCCAGAGGCAGCUGAGGCGCCUGAGAAAGACCGAUAUCUUCAAUAUCACGUUUACCAUCUUGGAUGAGGGGCCGCUGGGCAUUAUCAACAACUUCAGGCUGGGCCGCCUCCCUGGCAUCCAGGUGGAAUGGAGUGAGAUCAACGCCGCCUGGGGACCCUUGCUGCUCUCCAGCUUGUCCAAGCUAGCUGGACUGCAAUUCCAGAGGUACCAACUGGUUCCCUGCGGGGACCAUUCCUACCUCAAGUCCUUGGCUGGUGAUGGGAAGCUGCUGCUGUUCUCAGAUGGGAGCCACAGAGUCUUCCACAAUAACAAGUUUGAUCGUGGGAUGAAGGCCUUCCUGAACUGCCUGCAGCAGUUUGUGGAGGAGGCUGAGAAGGAAGGCCUCUUCCUGCCCUAUAGGAUCCACGUGAAGGGAGGGAUGCUGGAGGAUGCCAGGGGCAGUGGCGAGUGCUGCUCCAUCAGUACCCACCUGAACUCAGAGGAGGAGUGGGCAAAGGCUCUUAAAUUCAUGCUUACCAACUUAAAGUUGAUUCUUGCUUGGGCUUCAUCAAGGUACUCUUUUAUGAUGGAACCAGACUGGAGCCACUUUGAAUAAAACUUCCAUUUUGAAUAGGGGUCAAAUAAAGUUUAAGUUCCCAAGACCUCCCUGGGUAAAUGACAUCCUGCUUGGCAGAGAGAGACAUGUAUGUGGGUAACUGGUA